AUGGUUUUUGUUAACAAAUAUUGCAACGUAUGAUAUAUAGUAAAAACUUAUACUUAUGUUAUGUGCCUUAAGCUCAGCCCUAAACGUAGAGAUACCAGUGCUUUGUAUGUUAUAUAUUAUGAGCACAUACUCUGAUAGUGUUGUCUGUGAGCAGCUGUACCUCCAAAACAAAACAUAACAUAAAUAUUGCAUUUGAAACGUCUAUUGCAUAGUCUAUUGACUAUAAGUUUGAUUGACUAUCUGUCCUCAGAAAAUCGGUUGAUCACUGGCUUAUUARAUCCAGUUGUCUACACAUAGUUUAACCAUCACAUCCACACAUUCAUCUACUAAUUAGCCAUCACUUGAAUCAAAUUAUUAUUUUCUGUGAGAYAAUAAUUACUUUGUGGUCAUAUCAUCUGUAUUGGUGAUCAACUGAUAGAAAAUAAUGCCAUUUAUUGGCCGCGACUGGCGAUCGCCCGGAGAGGUCUGGAUUAAGACCGACGAAGGAUGGGAACGGAUGAAACUGUUGCAAAACUCAGCAUUUCUUCGCAAUCAAACUCAUGAACAAGGUUUUCCUUCUUCUGGCGACUCUUCGACGGACAGCGAUUCCGAGGACGAGAAUAAUGAGAACAGCAGUUCCCGGGAAACUAUCGCUGAGAUUAUACAACGACUUCAGAAGAGCUCAUCUCAACCAAUACCUGAGGCUAUAUUAAAGGACUCGACAAAUGCCAAUAUGGCUGAGUGGCAGCCCUACUGUCAGGUGACACUCAAACACACCAAAGAAGUUGCCGGUUAUAACACCAUUUCGGAGGCCUUCCAUAAACUGGACUUUUGUAAUGCCAUUCGUGACAUACGUCGCUUCAAUUACAUCAGCAAACUAUUGCAUCUAUUAAUCACACAAAACCUGACUUCUUUGAGUGGUUGUGCCACUAAAGUGCUCUUUACAAUGCUUGAGGAGUUGGCCUGGCAGGUUGCCAGUAAUCAGCAAAAUAUUCAUAUUCUCCAAACAUUGCUUUAUGACCUCAAGAAAAUUAUGAAAAAGUAUUACUGUUGGGGUCGACCUCAGGGCAGCACUCGGCUAUGGGAACAGCACUUAAAGACAAUGGAGCGCAUCUGCAAUAUGGCAAAUACAAUUCAAAUUAAAGAGCCGGCUGAAGAUGGAAGCAAACGGUUGACUGAUUUGCCCGAAGAGAUAAUCCGUGAAAUUUUGUUACGACUAACCGAUUAUAAAGAUUUGAUGAGCUCUGGUCAGUCAUAUGAUAUAAUGCAGUCCCUGUUAGACGAAGAGCACAUUUGGCGACAACUCUGUAAAUAUCAUUACACAAAGCCUCAGAUGCGAUGGCUAUUCGCCAAUUCAACCAAUAUUUAUACAAAUAAUGGUAAAGUCGAUUGGGAACGAGUCUUUCAUCAGCUAAGAAAAAAAUUUGGACUCAAGGAAGAGUAUGCUGACUGCCUAUUCCUAUGCAGACACUGUCGAUGCCUUUUCUGGAAGUCAUACGGUCAUCCAUGCGUUUAUCAGAAUCGCGUUCCACUACCCGGUGUUAAACAACAGACCACCAGAAAUGAGGCACAAAAUCCUGUUGUCGUCCAUAAUAUGCCUUUCUUUCAUCAUCCGCUGGUUCUUCAUUACAAUAAUAAUAAUCAGCAAAACAACAAUCGCUUGGAUAACGACUCCGAUGACUCAUUGAAGGUUCCCCUUCACGUACCGGUUCCUCCUCAAGCGUUUCUCAAGUUUUUCUCUCUUUAAACACAGUUAGAUAGGACACAGAAAACACAAUUUAUAAUAACAACUCUUUCUUCAUUAUUAUGACUUUAGUUUAAAUUUUUAUAAUAAUUAGUCAUUACUUUAAGACAACAAUUACUGAAAAGUUUAAUUGAAUUAUUUUCAUUAUCUAUUAUAUAA